CGGCGGCGGCGGCGGCGGUCCUCCGCGCGCGUCCUCACGGAAGCGCGGCAAUGCGCGUGCGCCCGUGCCCGCACUCCAAAGUGGGAAGGAGACAGCUAGUGGUCGCCCGGGAGGGGAGGCGGGGGCCGUCCCCGGAAAUAAUCUCUAUCCUCAGGCACCGGGAGUUGGCGAGGUAUCCUCUGCGGUGGAGAGACCUGGAAUGGCCAAAUAUCAGGGUGAAGUUCAAAGUUUGAAACUGGACGAUGACUCAGUCAUAGAAGGAGUAAGUGACCAAGUACUUGUGGCAGUUGUGGUCAGUUUCGCUUUGAUUGCUACCCUGGUAUAUGCACUUUUCAGAAAUGCACAUCAAAACAUUCACCCAGAAAACCAAGAACUAAUAAGGGUGCUUCGGGAACAACUUCAAACAGAACAGGAUGCACCUGCUGCUGCUCGCCAGCAGUUUUACACUGACAUGUACUGUCCGGUCUGUUUACAUCAAGCCUCCUUCCCUGUGGAAACAAACUGUGGACAUCUCUUUUGUGGUACCUGCAUUAUUGCAUACUGGAGAUACGGUUCUUGGCUUGGGGCAAUCAGCUGUCCAAUUUGUAGGCAAACGGUAACUUUAUUGCUACCAGUAUUUGGUGAAAAUGACCAGUCUCAGGAUGUUGUAUCAUUGCUUCAAGAUAUUAGUGAUUAUAACCGGAGAUUCUCAGGGCAGCCCAGAUCUAUUAUGGAAAGAAUUAUGGAUCUACCCACUUUACUGAGACAUGCAUUCAGGGAAAUGUUUUCAGUCGGGGGCCUUUUCUGGAUGUUCCGUAUCAGGAUAAUACUUUGUUUAAUGGGAGCUUUUUUCUAUCUUAUAUCACCUCUAGAUUUUGUACCUGAAGCCUUGUUUGGAAUUUUAGGCUUUUUAGAUGAUUUCUUUGUCAUCUUUUUGUUGCUUAUCUACAUCUCUAUUAUGUAUCGAGAAGUGAUAACACAGAGACUGAACAGGUGAAAAAAGAGUUUACUAAAAUAUGAGCUAAUGUGAGAAAUCAAACAAAAGGACUGACCCAUGGCAGUGUAAUGCAUUUGAAUAGUAUCUUACAAACUUAAAACCACUGUAUGACAAACAUUUGAUUAUCAUUUGGCAAGUAACUAGCAACGUAUGACUGGAAUUUUUACAUGUUGCAGGUUCUAAUAUUAGGGUUAGCAUUAUAAUAAUUUACAACUGUAUCUUGAUUGUGUUGUCUAUUAACUCUCUGGAAAAAAAACAUGGAAUUAUAUAAAAAGGGAUGCUUUUUUUUUAUAUCUUCUUCUUUCCCCCCAAAUUACUCAGAUUAAUUGGAUGUAUAGUAAGAUAUUGUUAAAUGUAUACUUUAUCCAAUUUUUCCUUCUCAGUGAGUACCUAUAUAAUAUAUUGCAAUGAGAUGCAUCUAAAUAUUUUUAUUACAAUAAAAUAUUGCACAAUA